GCAGGUUUGUGUUGCCAUCUGUUUCCUACAGGAGACGUGCCAUCGCCACCAGCAGCAGCACCGGCAGCAGCAGCAGCAGAAUAUCUCCCAAUAUCCCAUCCCGGGCACGUCGGAUAAGCUGCAGCAGCGAAAACACGAGGCGAAUAUUGCGGUGGACGGGAACGGGAACAUGGUCCGUGGGAUCUUUCACCUCACGCCAUGGCUGGGAGGCAGUUUGGGCUUGUUAUCGGGGUGACCGGAAGGAGAAAGUGACAGAGGAACAGUGAUGCUACUGUUUACAUAACGAGAGACUCUCACACGCACACAUACACAUUCACACACACACACACACAUACAAGCGCACAUGCUCGACUCGCCGGUCCAGGCCUUACACACUCGCUUAAACACUUCCACACAUACAUACACACACAGACACGUAUUCAAGGGACUCUCGGACUGAGUCACCACACACUCAGAGGCACAGCGUCUCUGACUCACACACAGGACCAAACACACUCACAGACACACACAUACACACACACAAAGGUGGAAAAGGUUGUUUGCAACAACCAGGACUGUGUGUUGUGUGUGCUAUGGGCCAAGCUGAGCAGCAGCUGUGUGUGAAUGUUGGAUACCUCUGAAGGGUCAGCACAGUAGUAACCCCCGCCCUCCUCGAGUCCCUACCUCCUUCCCUCUCAUCCCUCAUCUUCCAGCUAGCCCUGAACACACCACCAUGUCCGAGCUGAGGACUAGGAGAACUCCCUCUCCCUUGUCUCCUCCUCCACCCUUUUCCUCCAUGCUUGGGUUACUGUCCCUCCUCCUCUCCCUCUGCCUCUCUCUUUCUCUCUAUCCGGCCUCUUCAUCAGCACAACAGACUGUGCCGGUCAUCUCCACGGCGCAGGGCCGCAUCCGUGGCAUCCUGACCCCGCUGCCCUCCGACCUCCUGGGGCCCGUCAUCCAGUACCUGGGGGUACCAUAUGCAAGGCCUCCUACAGGGGACCGGCGCUUCCAACCGCCCGAGCCUCCUUUACCCUGGCCAGGAAUACGAAAUGUGACACAGUUUGCCCCCGUGUGCCCCCAGUCCCUGGAUGAGAGGAGCAUGCUGGGAGAUAUGAUGCCAUCUUGGCUCACAGCCAACCUGGAUAUAGCGGCAACGUACCUCACUCACCAGAGUGAGGAUUGUCUCUACCUCAAUAUCUACGUGCCCACUGAAGAAGAUAUACAUGAGGAGGGGGGUCAGCGGCCGGUGAUGGUUUACGUUCAUGGGGGCUCGUACACAGAGGGCACUGGUAACAUGAUGGACGGCAGUGUACUGGCAAGCUAUGGCAACGUCAUUGUCAUAACCCUCAACUAUCGCCUAGGAGUACUGGGAUUUCUUAGUACAGGUGACCAGGCAGCAAAAGGGAACUAUGGCUUGCUGGAUCAGAUCCAGGCUCUGCGCUGGGUGAAGGAGAACAUCGCAGCCUUUGGGGGAGACCCAAACAGGGUCACCGUGUUUGGGUCCGGGGCCGGGGCCUCCUGCGUCAGCCUGCUCACCUUGUCUCACUACUCUGAGGACCUGUUCCACAGAGCCAUCAUCCAGAGCGGCAGCGCUUUAGCCAGUUGGGCUGUCAACUACCAGCCCAGCAAGUAUGCCCGGCAGCUCGGUGAGAGGGUGGGCUGUGGCAUCGACGACAGCACCCAACUGGUCGCCUGCCUCCAGGGCCGGAGUUACCGCGAACUCGUGGAGCAGAACAUAACGCCGGCCAAAUAUCACACGGCAUUUGCCCCGGUGAUUGAUGGUGAUGUUAUACCUGAUGACCCCCAGAUUCUGAUGGAGCAGGGAGAGUUUCUGAACUACGACGUGAUGCUGGGGGUUAAUCAGGGCGAGGGCGUGAAGUUUGUGGAAGGCAUUGUGGACUCAGAGGACGGCGUCACGGCUGAGGACUUUGACUUUGCUGUGUCAGACUUUGUGGACAGUUUGUAUGGAUACCCAGAAGGUCGAGAUACACUGAGAGAGAGCAUAAGGUUUAUGUACACGGACUGGGCUGACCGUGACAACGCAGAAACCCGGCGGAAAACUCUGGUUGCGCUAUUCACAGACCAUCAAUGGGUGGCGCCAGCAAUCGCCACAGCUGAUCUCCAUGCUCAGUAUGGAUCCCCCACCUACUUUUACUCCUUUUACCACCACUGCCAGAGUGAUGCUACACCACCCUGGGCUGAUUCUGCCCAUGGUGAUGAGGUGCCCUAUGUGUUCGGCGUGCCCAUGGUGGGACCUACUGAUCUGUUCAACUGUAACUUCUCCAAGAACGACGUGAUGCUGAGCGCUGUAGUCAUGACUUACUGGACCAACUUUGCCAAGACCGGUGACCCAAACCAGCCGGUUCCUCAAGACACCAAGUUCAUCCACACCAAACCUAACCGUUUCGAAGAAGUGGCCUGGUCUAAGUACACCCCUAAAGAGCAGCUGUACCUCCACAUUGGCCUGAAGCCCCGUGUCAGAGACCACUACCGUGCCACCAAAAUCUCCUUCUGGCUCCAGCUGGUCCCUCACUUGCAUCAUGUCAAUGAACUCCUCCAGUCGGUGUCUUCCUUCACACACAGCCCCUCUCCACAGGAUGACACUCCUUAUUCCUACACUAAGCGUCUUGCCAAAGGUUGGCCACCUAGUAGUACACGUCAUCCGGGUUCACAAGGAGGUACACCUCAGCCUCCGGAAUCUGCUCUAGGCCAAGGUGGAGGGGAAAACGGCAUCCGCGUUCCUAAUGAGGACUACUCGACUGAGCUCUCAGUGACGAUUGCGGUGGGAGCGUCACUUUUGUUUCUUAACAUCCUGGCGUUUGCAGCUCUGCUGUACAAGAAAGACAAGAGGCGUCUGGAGCAUCGUCGGCCACGUCCGCUUCCUCCCCCGAGACGAGACAUCACACCUGCGGACGUCGCAGCCCACCUUCAGGGGGAGGGACUGAUGUCAUUACAGGUGAAGCAGCUGGAGUGUGAUGCAGCAUCAGCAGAUGAGAGGAACAACGCUCACCACCAUCACACUCUGGAUACACUGGACGCCUUGGACGGCUUGGACACCCAGGACAUCUACAGUACGCUGGACACUGUGCGCCUCACCUGCCCGCCCGACUACACUCUCACCUUGCGCCGCUCACCCGACGACGUCCCCCUCAUGACCUCUCUGACCCCAGGGUCGCUGCCCGUGACCCCGGGGUCACACCCUGUCACCCCUGCAACACCCAUGACCCCCAUGACACCUGGAUCAGUGGUGGGGAUGAGGAUGGGGCAUCCUCACCAGGGAUACACACACCACAGCCCAUAUAGUAACACACACUUGCCACACACACACAUUUCCACACACACACACUCCACCACGCGUGUAUAACCGCUGCAAGAUACUUGCACAAACAGGGACAUUAUUACAAGACACACACACACACAGGGACAUACACACAGACACACACACACACACAGAUUCAUAAAACAAAAGACUUAAAUACCUCUACAAAUUACCCUGCAGGAUUGUUACAGAUGGAGAUCAACAGAAAGACAUUUUCAGUAACAGGAUGAAAAGACAGACAGCUGUGUGUUGCAUGUUGAGGAACUGAAGACAAACUGGAUCCCGGGAGAUGCAGUUCUAUGCAUCAUUCGCUCAUAACCUGGAACAAGAUGAGCCAAGACGUCCAUCGAACGUCUGAAAACCUGCUUUGGAUAUUGAGUCAUCUGCUUUUUUUUUUUUUACACCUGAGGAGGAAGAGGAGGAGCGCUGUUGCAAAAGGGUCAGUUACGGAUCAGUUUACAUCUCCUACUGUACCCGUGCUGUGCAGUGAAGCAGUGCUGGGACUGAGCAGAGCAGAUGUAGAUGCAGAACUGAGCAAAGAAGUACCACACACAGACUGCUGAUGUCAACUUGAACAACCUGUGAAAUGUGAAUGUAGCAUUUUUUUUUUCAUUAAAAGAUCAAAGGUCCUAUCUGCCAAGGAUCAAACUAAGCUGAGGAGAAAAUAACAAAUUUCAGUGAGAGAUGGAUGUAAAAACAGACAGACAGGAAGAGGGGAUUAAAAAAAAAACAACAUUAGCUGAAGGAAAAGUUACUCAGAUGGUGGGAAAGAGAUUAAGAUUUUAUUGAGAGGGAUUUAACAGCUGUGAGGAUGAAAAAGACGAAGAGCGAUAAAGUGAGAUGGAAAACACAGCGAUGGAAAGUGUGCCAAGAGAGAGAAAUUAGCUUCAGAAGAAGAAGAAGGGGCUUCUGAAGUGUUGUCAGACAUACUGAAGAAUCACUCUAACCAGCUAUGUGCUAAACUCUUGUAAAUAGGAUGGAAAGAUACAGAUGAUAUAUUAUGAUUUAUAGCAUUUACCUGCUUCUUGCAUCAAAACAUGACUUAUUUAACCACAUUAUUGCUUUCAUUUCAGAUAUUACUAUAUUAUUGUAUAGAUGUCCUGACGCAAGGCUGGUUGUCUUUCUAUCUCACCCACUGUAGUAUGUACACAGUACCUUUAUUUAAAGGCUAUAUUUGCUAUGCACAGCCAUUUCAGUAAUUCUUAACUAUGUAAACAUCUAGAUACUUGUUUAGCGGAUGACCUAUAGGGCAUUUUUCACACCAUCCUGUCUAUUUGUUUGACCACUGGAUGAUGAGCUAGUACUGUGUAGAUAAUGCAAUAUCGGUUUGAUGAUUGAGCACCAGCCAAAAACCAUGACCCUUACCCUCCUUUGAACCUUAUCCCUUACUGUUCUCCUCCCCCUUCCUUUUCCUAUAAUUCUUCUUAAAGGUCUUACCCUUAAUUUCCUAAUAAACCCAACCUUAAUAAAAGUCAGACAAGACAGGUGGUGAUGAUUCAGGGGGUCACAGAGUGUCCAAAAAAAUUCAAGAACACUCUUUUAAAUUCAUCUGAACUUUAAGCUUCACAUUUUACCAGGGGUAUUUAAGAGCUCCCGCUUGAACUACCUAACGCUGAAUGGAACUUUGUCCCUCUCAGAGGCACAAAUUAGAAGACUUUGGCCAAGUUCUAGUGUUGUUUCCCAUCCUCCAAAACUAAAAACCAGGCUUAAAAAGUCUUAAAAAAUGUGGAUCGGUCAUCUGCAUUUUCAGGCCUGGGAGUUUGGUUCACUAAAUGCCACCAGUUGUUUGAAUCCUGAUUUGAUUAAUUAAGGGGAAUGUGGGUGGGGCUGAGGAGGAUUGAUCAGAUUGUUUGUGUGAUUGACAUCGAUGGCUAAAACACUUCCCAGCCUUUAAAUCCUUACUGUCCUCUUAAUGGAGCAAUAUUUUUUUCAAAUCGCCACCAAGACAUGCUUUAGAAGACGUGAAAUUAAUAAUCAAAUCCCCAAGCAACACCUUGCAGAAAUAAUGAUUGAGCUUUCUUUCGGAGAGAAGCUGGACGUUUUCCUGAUGACUUCACAGUGGGUGCUCGAGGGCGGCAGCGGUUACUACUGUGUGUCAUCAUAAUAAGAUUUGCAGCAUUCACAAAAUCAAUUUCAUCCAAUUCAUACUGACAGUUUGUGUGGCAGAGGUGUGAUACCAUCUUGGCUGCCACUAACAGAAUACUGGUCGCUUCUGUGAUGAUAAAAAUCUUGUAUAUCAAUUAAACAACCACCCCCUGACUCCCACACUUUGGUUCUACCCAGUAACUCAACCAAAGGCCCUAACCCUGAUUGAAACUUUUCUACUUUCUCCUCUUUUCCUACUACUUUCCUUUUCCUUUUCCUCUCCCCAUCCCCCCACCCAGCCUAAUCUGUGCGACUACAUGCAGCUUUGUCACAGUGAGGCCUAUUUAACCUCCUCUCAUCCUAAGUAACUUCUUCAUGAGAGAUUUUAGUUAAUUGUCGAGAGAAAUUCUUGAAAAAUGAAAGCCGACAUUUGCGGAUGGCAAGCAAAGAACUUUUACAAAAUUAUAUAAAAAUAACAUUUAACGGUUGUGUUUGAUUGACUGAAUUUUUUUUUCAUAUGGGUUUAUUGACUCAGCGGAUGGCUGGAUUGUGUCAAGCAUAAAACAUUUCUGCUGCAUUUUUGAAAAAUAAAAAUAUCAGUAUUUUACAAUUUA